AUGUGGUUAGAAACUGAGCGAGGUAGGAGUUCUACUUGGCGAGAAGUAAAAGCAAUUCAGUUAUGUGUCAGUGCCUUUUCAAAACUCUUACAAAAUAGUAUCGUGACUUUUCACACAGAUAACAAGAAUGCUGUUAGCAUCAUAAAUAAAGGUAGCAAAGUACAAGAAUUACAACAGUUGUCCUUAGAAAUUUAUAGGUGUUGUUUACUUGAAAACAUUACAUUACACAUUAUCUGGUUACCCAGAAAAGAGAACGAGCAGGCUGAUUUUUUAAGUCGGAUUAUAGAUAUUGAUGACAGGGGUAUUUCCCCAGAGUACUUUCAAUUUUUAGACGACCUCUGGGGUCCUCAUACCUUUGAUAGGUUUGCUAAUAUGGACAAUUACAAAGUAGAUAAAUUUAGUUCGUUGUACUGGAACCCUGGUUCCUCGGCAGUAGACGCUUUCUCGUGCCACUGGGCACAAGAAAACAAUCUAUUAGUACCACCUGUGUCUUUAAUUUUACUGUCUGGAGGUUCUCUAUUCAGAGAUGUUGGCUUACAGAAGCUGAUUGAUAAAAUAUUUUCAACGGGAUUUUGGAAAAAUGACACACAAGUAAAGCACGCAGAACUUAAGAUUUUGUUCAGAAAGAUGAAGAAUUCAGUUAUUGACUCAAAAGCCAGAAAUACAACUGUUAAAUAUGCAUACAGUUUUAAGCGUUUUGUAGUGUGGUCUGAAAAGUAUACAGAAAUCAAGUCUGUUCUUCCUGCCGACGAAAUCUAUGUCAGUUUAUAUCUUCAAUAUUUAAUGCAAAGUGCUAAUCAUUACAGUACUAUAGAAGCUGCAUGUUACGCUAUAAAGUGGGCUCACAGUUUAGCUGGGUUUGAAGACCCAUGUGCCUCGGAUAUAGUUAAAUGUAUUGUUGAGGCAUCUAAAAGAAAGCUUAAUAGGCCUAUUCAGAAAAAAGAACCGAUGAAUGCAAACAUAAUGCUCAGUCUUUUUAAGAAAUUUGGCGGUACUAAUAGUUCGUUAAAAAAUCUUAGAUUAUUAGCUAUGUGUUUUCUGGCUUAUUCAGGAUUUUUAAGGUACAGUGAACUAUGCCAGAUUAGAGCUAAGAACAUUACAUUCGGAAACGAUCAUAUUGACAUAUAUAUUGAGAGUAGCAAAACAGAUUGUUAUAGAAAAGGAAAAAACGUUUUGAUAGCUAAACUUGAUCAAGCUCACUGUCCUGUUAAAAUUUUAAGUGAUUAUUUAGAUAAAGCUAAAAUAGACAGGUCCUCAGAUGAUUUUGUGUUCAGAGCUUUAUCGUAUUGUAAAAGUACAAACAACUGUAAGCUGAGAAAAAAGAAUAUACAACUAUCUUAUACUAGGACUAGAGAGAUUUUAAAAGGGGCUCUGUCGGAUUUAGGUUUAAACGCAAGAAUUUUUGGUACACAUAGUUUUAGGGCAGGCGGUUGCUCAGCCGCUAGUAACUCUGGUGUAUCGGAUAGAUUAUUAAAGAUUCACGGAAGGUGGAAAUCUGAUAUUGCGAAAGACAGUUACAUAAGCGACAAUUUGAAAAAACGCUUAUUAGUUUCAAAAUCUUUAGGUUUAUAA